CCGCGGGGGUUGGUAAGGUCGGGCCAUGGUGGGCAGAGGUUGGGAAGAUGGCGUGGCGAGGCUGGACACAGAGAGGCUGGGGUUGUAGCCAGGCGUGGGCUCUGCCGGUGGGUGGCCGCAGCUGCGAGGACCUCACUGCGGCCUUGGCCUCGCCGCGGCUGCUCGGACGCAGGUUUAACUUUUUUAUUCAGCAAAAAUGUGGAUUCAGAAAAGCACCCAGGAAGGCUGAACCUCGAAGAUCAGACACAGGGACAAGUGGUGAAGCAUACAAGAGAAGUGCUUUGAUUCCUCCUGUAGAAGAAACAGUCUUUUAUCCUUCUCCCUAUCCCAUAAGGACUCUUGUAAAGCCUUUCUUCUUUACUGUUGGGUUUACAGGCUGUGCAUUUGGAUCAGCUGCUAUUUGGCAAUAUGAAUCACUUAAAUCCAGGGUCCAGAGCUAUUUUGAUGGUAUAAAAGCUGAUUGGUUGGAUAGCAUAAGAUCACAAAAGGAAGGAGACUUCAGAAAGGAGAUUAACAAGUGGUGGAAUAACCUAAGUGAUGGCCAGCGGACUGUGACAGGUAUCAUAGCUGCGAAUGUCUUUGUAUUCUGUUUAUGGAGAAUCCCUUCUCUACAGCGAACAAUGAUCAAAUAUUUCACAUCCAAUCCAGCCUCAAAGGUCCUUUGUUCUCCAAUGUUGCUGUCAACAUUUAGUCAUUUCUCUUUGUUUCACAUGGCUGCAAACAUGUAUGUUCUGUGGAGCUUCUCCUCCAGCAUAGUGAAUAUUCUGGGUCAAGAACAGUUCAUGGCCGUGUAUUUAUCUGCAGGUGUUAUUUCCAAUUUUGUCAGUUAUGUGUGUAAAGUUGCCACAGGAAGAUAUGGACCGUCUCUUGGUGCAUCAGGCGCAAUCAUGACUGUCCUCGCAGCUGUCUGCACCAAGAUUCCAGAAGGGAGACUCGCCAUUAUCUUUCUUCCAAUGUUCACUUUCACGGCAGGGAAUGCCCUAAAAGCCAUUAUUGCCAUGGAUACAACAGGAAUGAUCCUGGGAUGGAAAUUUUUUGAUCAUGCAGCACAUCUUGGGGGAGCUCUCUUUGGAAUAUGGUAUAUUACUUAUGGUCAUGAACUAAUUUGGAAAAACAGGGAGCCUCUAGUGAAAAUUUGGCACGAAAUGAGGACUAAUGGCCCCAAAAAAGGAGGUGGCUCUAAGUAAAACUGGAGUUGGAAAAUACUGGAGCAUCUGGUCCACGCUACUUGGAAGCCCACUACCACAUUGGCCCUGGAGUUUACCACGACGUGCCCCUGCUUGGAAGACGCUCAGCCUCUCACCUUCCUGGGUUUUAAACUUUGUCCCUGAUACAUGUCUUUCUUAGGAAGUGAAUUACGACAAAGUUGGUGACAUAAAGGUUUAUCUCUCUAGUUUGUAAACAGAGGGUGUUUGUUUUCUUUUCAAAGAACACUAAUGCUAUUCUGGAAA